AUGGCAGCAGCCAGAGCCAUGCGUUAUCUACUCAGGGCCGUGGCACUGCUGCCCGUGAUCUCGGCUCAGACGACCAACUCCAAGUCGGCCAGCUCGGCCAGCUCGGCCACCGUCUCCGCCCCGCCGCAAGCGUCAACCAUCCCAAUGCCUCCCCAGCGCGUGUACCCGUUGGGCAUCGACUCGCCCCUGCUCCAGCUCAAUCCAGUGGUAAUAGGACCCCCGUCGCAAGGGUGGAACUUGAGCUACUCGAACAUCUCAAACAGCCACUUCGUCCCCGGCAUGACGGGUAUCGGAUGGGCGAGCUUUGAGACAACGCUCGCCGGCAGCUCGGGGGCAAGCCUCAGCUUCCAGUUUGUUGGGACGGGGGUAAGCUUGCUCGGCUAUGUGGGCUUGUUUGACGAGCUCGAUUGGCGGGUCGAUGGCGUGCAGUCCAACGACACCCCGGACUUCGCGUACGGGUACCAGUCCGAGGUAGCAUGGGCACGCAACCUGCCGUGGGGGCUGCAUAAUUGUUCGCUGCGCGUGACCUCAACCGAUGACAAGGUUGUGCUAACCGAGGCCAUUGUGAUGACGGGCAUUGAAGGUGCGGCACUCGUUUCAAGCUCCGCCGACCCGCUGCGCAAGGGUCCCUCCACCCUUAACGCGAGCGAAAUCAACCAGGGGGCCCAAGUCACCAUCAACUGGGCUCUGUACACACCCAACGAAGGCGACUCGAUUAUGCAGGCCGCCUACCCCCCAGGUGGCUAUACCGUCUUGACGACCAAUAGCACUGGCGCCAUCCAGUACACGCUGCCGAAAAACACGGCCUUCGCCGAGGUCUGGGGGUCUGCUGGGUAUGGGUUUGGCAACUACUCGGUCACCAUCACCCCUCCCCCGCCGUUUAACCCGCCUGUUAUCAAGUACUCGGCCAACAACGCGUACUACAUGCCUGCCAUCGUCCUCUCAUGGGCCAUCCUCGACCCGAGCCAGGACUAUGUGCCGCAUCGAAGUGUGGCAGUUGCAAUACUAUGUUUCCAAUGUGACGAGUACGACGAGUACGCCGACCUCGACGAGUCCCAGUGCCAGCAGCGCGGCGGCGCGCGGCGUGUCCGUCGCCACUCUGGCCGGCGCCAUCAGCUGACUCAGGCCGGCACCAUCGUCGCGUGUCUCGCCGUGUCGUCCCUGGUGGCUUUUGCCCUCAUCCGCAAAUACAAGAAGAAGUCCGAGUCCUCACGACUCGCGUUCGAGGUCGACCACAGCCCCGAGCCACACCUGGCGCCAUUCUUAUCGAACCGAGGUGCCCAUGCCGUCGAGAACACCCCGCUAAUGCCAGAAAUGCAAGGACACUCCGCCGGCGUCUUAGGUCUCGACGGUGACCGUGCCGCACACAGCUCGAACACGUCACUCCCCCGACCAAGAGAGCAUACCGUCACUUCGAGCUCGGGUGGAGCCGACCUCGACGGCGAUAGCGACACGCGCCGCCAAUCGUCGCUGCACACCGACUCGCCACCAAUCCUCAUCAAGACGCCGCCCCGCAUCUCCACGCCCGAGCUCCAUCUUCAGCCCCGCCGCGGCACGGCACCCGUACCCCUGCCCGUCACGGUGCAAGAACGCGAUUCUGGCGCCCAGGUGAUCCAUAUUGUCGAGUACGUGCCGCCCGCGUACGACGCCACCCUGCCCCACUCGAGCGCAGUGGUCGCCGCGAGCCCGACUGAUGCCGUCGACGACGACCCCUUCAAGCGGGACGGCUUGCGCCCCCUCCCUACUCUGCCGCCCGCUUAA